AGAGCGCAGACAAGUCACAAAUCCCAUCUACAACAAGAGGUGGGCUUUUCUUCGCUUCUCCAAGCUGCUGCUGCUACUACACAUUUUCACGCUGCCUUCUUGUGAAUAAACACCAAUGCAAUCACCAGAACCACCCAUUUCUUCUUCAAACUCUUUAGAAUAUUAAUCUCAAACCAGCUGAACUUCAAUUAAUGGAUUGCAUCUUGUUUCAGCACCCACUCUUUCCACACAUCUUUAUCAGCUCAAGUUUUCAUAGAUCCUUUGCAGCUCCCCAGAGCGUGGGAGUCGGGGUUUUCCGGCACCGGUGGCUGAGCUCCGCUUGCUGGGCGGCCGGUGAACCUGGAACCGGAGCUGACAACCUGUUUGAUCACAGUUCUCUGAGGGGAAAUGAAAAUGGCUUCCUAUUUGGUGACUUGGAGGACUCGUCUUUGGUGCCAUUUGGGACGUUAGAUGCUGAGAUUACACCAGAAACGAUUGAUUUCUUCGUCAGUGAUGCCGAGGGGGAUCCCGAUUGCCCGUCUGAAGGCUUCUAUUCCAUUCAGCAGGCGCUUAAUGUGUUGCGCCAAGGCAAGUUUGUGAUUAUUGUAGAUGAUGAAAGUGGGGGUAUUGAAGGAAACCUUGUUAUGGCAGCAUCUCUAGCAAGUCCUGAAGCUAUGGCGUUUAUGGUUAAGCAUGGAACUGGGAUUGUUUCUGUGGGCAUGAAAGGAGAAGACCUUGAGAGAUUAAAGCUGCCCUUAAUGUCACCUGAGAAGGAAGAUGACUCGUCUGCUCCCUCUUUUACAAUCACGGUGGAUGCAAAAGCUGGCACUUCCACAGGGGUAUCAGCCUCGGACAGAGCAAAAACUGUCCGUGCACUUUCAUCUCCAGAUUCUAAACCAGAAGACUUCAGAAGGCCAGGACAUGUAUUUCCCCUCAAGUAUCGAAAUGGUGGGGUUCUAAGAAGAGCUGGUCAUACUGAGGCUUCUGUGGAUUUGGUCAUGCUGGCUGGCUUGCUGCCGGUUUCUGUCCUUUCAGCUGUUAUUGAUGCUGAUAAUGGUUCUAUGUCCUCUCUUCCAAACUUAAGAAAGCUGGCCUUGGAACACAGCAUUCCAAUUGUUUCAAUCACUGAUUUGAUUAGGUAUAGAAGAAAACGGGAAAAACUGGUCGAGAGAACUGCUGUUUCACGCUUGCCAACUAAAUGGGGUCUGUUUCAGGCCUAUUGCUAUCACUCAAAGCUAGAUGGAACAGAGCAUGUAGCAAUUGCAAAGGGAAACAUUGGAAAUGGGCAAGAUGUUCUAGUAAGGGUUCAUUCGGAGUGCUUGACUGGUGAUAUUUUUGGGUCAGCUCGGUGUGAUUGUGGCAAUCAGUUAGCGUUAGCAAUGCAGUUAAUUGAGCAAGCUGGAAGAGGAGUUCUUGUAUACCUUCGAGGUCAUGAAGGACGAGGGAUUGGCCUCGGCCACAAACUUCGGGCCUAUAAUUUGCAGGACCAAGGUCAUGACACGGUUGAAGCCAAUUUAGAACUUGGAUUUGCUGCUGAUGCACGUGAGUAUGGGAUUGGCGCCCAGAUACUAAGAGACCUAGGUGUACGAACCAUGCGCCUGAUGACCAACAACCCAGCCAAAUUCACAGGUCUGAAGGGCUAUGGCUUGGCUGUUGUUGGGCGUGUUCCCGUGAUGACUCCUAUUACUGAAGAAAACCGGAAGUAUUUGGAAACAAAACGUACCAAGAUGGGUCAUGUAUAUGGCUCUGACAUACAAGAACCAUUGGCUGGAUUCAUGAAUCCAAAUGUAAAUAGUGCAGACUCGCCAGGGGGACCUCAAAAGAGUUAAUAUCAAAUAAAACACUCCUUGAAUUCCAUGAGGGAGAUUAUGUGUUCAUAUAGAGUUAACUCAUUGGUAAUCUGUCCAUGCCCAGUUCUAUUUGUCUCCUUAAA